UCCAAUCCGAAGACCUCAUUUAUAGUAAGCAACUUAAUUACAAUGUGAUGCAUGACAUGACAUUAAUUUGAUUACUUAAAAUGUACUUGCAUUUGCUAUCAAACAUGGACAAAAAUUGGAUGAAAAUGGGCAUGACAGCAGAUGGAAGAAUUAGUCAGCUGUAUUAUAAUGGUGUUACUUCAUUUAUUCAAUUUGCAAGAGUAGUUGUUGAUGCGCAAGGUAAUAUUCUGUGUCCGUGUCUAAAGUGUGUAAACUUUUACCGAAAAAGUCCAGAAGAUGUGCAAAUUCAUUUGCUUCAGCAUGGGAUUAUGCAAAGUUACACUAUUUGGCAUGAGCAUGGAGAAACCUGUGAAUCAAAUGAUGUUCGGCGUCAUGAAAUGAGAGAUGGUGAUCUAGGUGGUAUUGAUGCGUUAGUGGAAGAUCGAAUAAGAGGGGAACCAAUAGAUACAACCCAACAUCAUGAGGAAGUCCAGAACUUUGACAAACUUUUGAAUGAUGCCCAACAUGAGAUAUACCCAGUUCCAGAUUAAACUUUUACCAGAAGGUAAUUUAGUUCCCAAGAACACAUACG